UGGGGCAGUCCGUACGAUUGGGAAUCGGACGGUUGAUAUAGAGCCAAGAGAGGAGAUGUCUCGCUCCUUGUUCCAUCCCAGCCGUUGGUUUCAUACAGUACGGAGGAAAUGGCUCCGUGACCGGCUUCAGUUUUUCCACGGCGGCGAUGGCGGCGGCGGCGGCGGAGGCGGGGGCGUUCGAGGAGAUGCUGCGGGUGGUGGAGGCGUGCGCGGUGCGCAUCAGGUGGCGCCUCCGCCCGGGCUCCAAGCGCCGCCUCCUCAACGAUAUCCUCUUUCUCUGCACUGGGUUGCGGCCUGUGGUACUGGUGGACUAUGGUGGCACAAUGCCUCAGCUACAAGAGAAUCUUUGCAGCCUGCUGCAUCAUGCCCGGCAGGAAACAAGCAUAUUGAAUCCACUUCGAGUAAUGGUUAUUAAUGAUAUGCUUUACUUGAUCCAUGUUAAAGGACUUGCUGAACAUGCAUCGCCAAAAGAAAGGUCACAGCACCAGCUAGCUUUCGUGGACCUAGAGAAAAGCUGUUGCAGACUGCUUACAAACAUAGAAGCGAAUGACACUGUGCUGGAGCUUGUAUCUAUCCAAGAUCGAUUUUCAGUCAAAUACCCUGUUGAUGCAGCUGUAGAUGUGCCUGUCAUUCAACCUGGAAUAACAAAGCAAAUGUCAGGACUUCCAGAGAGAACUAUUGAUGCAGAGUGCACUGACAAUCACGUUGACGACAGGACCUUACUGGUGGAUGAUCUGAGUUCCUUCCUCAAGACCGCCCAAAUUGCCUUGCCCUCUCUGAAUGGAUGGCUUUUAGAUUAUCCAGUAACAUAUUUAUUCCGCAAUGGAAGUGCUGAGGCGGCUAUACAGAAUCUCUCCAAGCACUCUCUGCAUAUCUACCGAGUAUAUGUGUGUGGAAGUUAUCAAUCAGGUGCAAAACAAUCAGAAGAGGAACUGAUGAGUUUUUCAGUUCCUUGUGGCCUGAGCACGAAACGUCGUGAAGAGCCAUGGGCCAAAUCAUUUAUAGCUCGCAUGAGUGAGAAGCUCAGGCCAUGCAGCCAAGUCUGGACAUCCGUGAGAUUAGAAGUUGAGGUUUUCCAUAGCCAAUCGCAGGUCAUUGUGUUAUAGUUGGCCAGGGUGCACUUUUACGGCAGGAAAUCUUCUAAAACGGAUCAGCGACGUAUCAGAAGCGCCGCCACCCUGGUCCCUUGAUCGGGUGCUGACUUGCUGCAGCUCAAGGUUUUCUGUGCUCACAUCCAUGAGAGUUUCUCUGUACCAUGAACCAUUGAGCUUUUUGUACAAACAUCCAUGAGUGGUAUAUUGUGCUCGAGUUUUUUGUUUGAAAUUUCAACGUGAAUGGAAAACAAGUGGCAGAAACGUGAAAAAUA